GUUUACCCCGCUUGACCGCUGCUGUCACGUGGUUUCCUCGCCGCUCGCUGUCUCUAUCCCCGGGGCCUCUGGCCGCUGCCCGCCGGGUCCUCUGCGGGAUGCAGCCGGCCGUGGUGCGGUGCGUCCCCGGUGAGCAGAAGCUCACCAUCUCCUUCCGGUUGGACGGAACCCAGAAGCACAUGCUGCGGGACCAGGACGAAGCUAUGGGGAAGGUCCUGGCCCGGAUUUCCAACAGCAUCACCAAGGGCCGAGGGAAGGCCAAGAAGUCUAAGAAGAGCCGUGGUGAUGAGCCGAGCGAAGCCCCGGAGCCGGCGGCGGUCAAGCUGCUCUACGGCGAGGAGGUGCCCGACACGGCGAUGAACGCGGAGGCGUGGAGGGACGGAGCAGUGCUGCGUGGAGACGUCCGGUACUCGGUGCAGAGGAAUGCGCCCACCUUCACCAUCGCCGAGCUGCCGGUGUCCUUGCUGGCCGGGUUCCCCGUCUGCCCCAAACUGGAGCUGGAGUUCGGAAACUUGCAGGACUGUGAGUUCACCUGGUCCAAAGAAACCGCUCCGAACCCCAGCCCUUGCCCCAAGGAAGGAUGGAGCAGGUGGGCCACGGGCAGAGUCCACGUACCGUCCAACCAGGACAUCGGCUGCAGGCUCAAACUGCGGUGCACGCCUAAAGAUGGCACUCGCAUGGUCUGUGAGGAGGUGGAGUCUGUGGGAGCCGUGGAAGCUGGACCCGGCAUGUGCACGUUCGACAGACAUGUGGUUACGGCCAAGGAGCUGGAGUGGCCGUCAGUCAGAGUGGUUUCCUACAACAUCCUGGCUGAACGUUUAUGCCCAGACGGAAGCUGUCCAGGAACCGUGCUGUACCCAUACUGCGCACCCUACGCCCUGCAGCUGGACUACAGGCAAAACCUCAUCAAGAAGGAGCUGGUUGGGUACAAUGGAGACAUCAUCUGUCUGCAGGAAGUGGACAAAGGUGUGUUUACGGACAGUCUGACCCCAGCGCUCGAUGCUUUUGGUCUGGACGGCGUUUUCAAGCAAGAGAAGCAGCAUGAAGGACUGGCCACAUUCUAUCGCAGGUCAAAGUUCCGGUUGCUGAGCAGUCAUGACAUCAUGUUAAGUGAAGCGUUGAACUCUGACCCCGUCCACCUAGAUCUGUUGGAGAAGGUUUCUGUCAACCCUGUCCUGAAGGAGAAGGUCACACAGCGCUCCAACUCCCUGCAGGUCAGUGUUCUGGAGGAUGUGACCAAACCGGACAGGAGGGUGUGUGUAGCCAAACAACAUCUGUACUGGCAUCCUACAGGUGGAAACAUUCGCCUGGUCCAGAUGGGCGUGGCUCUAAAACACCUGAGUCAUGUGAUCAGCGAGGUUUCACCUGGAGCUGCUCUGGUCUUCUGCGGUGACUUCAACUCCACUCCCUCCUCAGGUGUUUUCCAGCUGCUGAGUACAUCCGUGGUCCCAGAGUGUCACCAGACUGGAUCACGUUCUGGUUCUGAGGAGUCCUGCAGGAUGGAGCUGGUGUCAGCUUUCCCUCCCCUGACCAGCGCCUGCCAACAGCUUUACACCAACUAUGUGGGAGGCUUCCACGGCUGCCUCGACUACAUCUUCAUCCAACCUGACACCAUGCAGGUGGAGCAGGUGAUCCCUCUGCCCUCCCAUCAGGAGGUCACCACCUAUCAUGCCCUCCCCAGCGUGGCCCACCCCUCCGACCACAUCGCCCUGGUCUGUGACCUGCGUUGGAAUCCCUGACCUCUGAGCCCAUCGACAAUGACUUCAUAUAUACUAGAACCUUGACAGAGUGGAGUUGAUGAUCGAAACAGACAAAAAGUGUGAUUCAUUUUUUAAGUGGUGUUUUAUUUGAAUAUCUACAUCCUUCAGUGAAAUCAUGUCACUGAUCAUCUGUUGGAUGAAUUUUGAAAGAAGUAAAGACAUUGAACUCUAUU